AUGCAGGGCAUAACACUCCCUCCCCCUUCACUGUGCCUGCGAAAUUUGAUUGCGUAUCCCGAGGUGUUAAAAGCCAUUCCAGAUAGCUCAAGUAGUUGUCACAUCGUACGAACAACUCCUCUCGCCCUGGUUCAAAUUCUGGUGCACGCUUUCGAAGGCUUUCCCGAGGGUGAGGUUGCGGACACAGUGGCCGGUGGAGACACGGGCGCCCUGGGCCGUAUGAUUGUCGUCGCGCAGGAAGUUGCCGUGAGCACUACACAUUUGUUUGUGGCCAGUCGAGUGAAAGCCGAUCCGAAUUCGUCCAACCUGAUCAAUCUUCAAAUGGCCAGUCGUGAAGUAUCCAAAGCAACUGGCACUUUGGUGGCCGGGGUGAAAAACGCUAUCGAUGCAUGUGAAGCUGAAGAUCUGGAUUUUAGUUGUCUCACGCUUACCCAAGCUAAACGAAUGGAAAUGGAAAGCCAAGUUCGUGUGUUACAUCUGGAAAGUGAAUUGGUCAAUGAACGACGGCGACUGGCUCAACUUCGUCGAGAAAACUAUCAGGACUCAGCUGAUGUGGAGGCCUCUAUUUUCGUUCCACCUCAGAAUCCGCACUAUUUGAUGCACAAUCUAAUUGCGAAGGCGUAA